AAAACUACACACGCGCUUGGCUCUCGCUCCUCGCCUCUCUCACGCACAUCGACCGGCGAUGCGCUUCGCUCUUCAUCGCCUCCUGACAACCCUCGCGAGCCGCCCGUGAGCGUCUCCUAAGGGGGGGUUUUGGGGGGGGCGUCAUGGCUCGCCGUGACAGCACACUUCGCGUGCGCCGGGAGAAGCCCCGCGCGGCGUCGAGAGCCGCGCUGCCUAGCGGCUGAGCCACCACGGGCACACUCGGCUGUCAUCCGCUUCUCGACUUUCCUCUUCGAACCCCUCCCGGACCCCCGUGCAAGCUCCGCUUCGGCUCGGAGAGAUGAUCACGGAGCUGCUGUGCACCGCCGUGGCCGUGGGGGUGUACGUGAACACGCUGGACGCGGACUUCUGCUACGACGACAGCCGAGCCAUCAAGACCAACCAGGAUCUUCUCCCGGCGACCCCGUGGACCAACAUCCUGUACGACGACUUCUGGGGCACCCCGCUCACCCACAGCGGCAGCCACAAGUCCUUCCGUCCGCUUUGCACCCUCACCUUCCGCCUCAACUACGCCCUGCACGGCCUGCGGCCGUUCGGCUACCACCUGCUCAACGUCGCCCUUCACGGGCUGGUGACGGCCACCUUCACCGCCUUCAGCCGCCCGCUGCUGGGCGGCGGAGCGUGGAGUCUGCUGGCCGGCCUGCUCUUCGCCUCUCACCCGGUGCACACGGAGGCGGUGGCCGGCGUGGUCGGGAGGGCGGACGUCGGGGCGGCUUUCUUCUUCCUGCUGUCUCUUCUGUGCUAUGCGAGACACUGCGGACUUCGGGCGAGGCGACGCCAGGGCGCGGCGGCGCGCUGCUGGACGUGGAUGGCGGCCAGUUUGUGGUGCGCGGCGGCUAGCAUGCUUUGGAAGGAGCAGGGGGUGACGGCGCUGGCGGUGUUGGCCGUCUACGACCUCUUCGUCUUCCAUCGACUCACAUUCCGCCAGGCGCUCCUGCUCCCGUUCGGAAAGAAAAACCUGAAGGUUUUGCCCAGUCUCGCGGUUCUGGUCACCUGGGGCACGGUCCUGCUGUCGGCACGCAUCUACUGGAUGGGCAACAAGCCUCCCAACUUCUCCAACUCGGACAACCCGGCGUCCGACUCGCCGCAUCUGCUCACGCGGACGUUGACUUUCCUCCACCUGCCCGCCGCCAACGCCUGGUUGCUGCUUUGCCCCGACAAGCUGAGUUUCGACUGGUCCAUGGACGCGGUGCCCCUGGUGAGGUCCUGGACCGACUGGCGCAAUCUUCACACGCUCGCCUUUUACGGAGGAGUCGUUCUCCUGACUUGGUUCGGGUUUCACGGACCCACCUCGCAAGGGAAGGACACCGACGGGAAAGCGACCGAUGGGAAAUCGGUCGCCAACGGGAACGGUUACCACGCCCCCGACACGAACCACAACGCGGAUUCGGGGCCGCCAAAGACCGUCGCGAAUGGCUCCGGCGGACUUGACGACCACCCUCCUGGGAUGUCGCUACCGCCCACGGAAAACCUGGUGAUAUUGUCAUUGGCCUUACUGGCGCUCCCUUUCAUCCCGGCCUCCAACCUCUUCUUUUACGUGGGUUUCGUCAUCGCCGAGCGGGUCCUCUACAUUCCCAGCAUCGGCUUCUGUUUACUGGUGGCCGCCGGGGCGAGAAGCGCGUACGUCAGACUCCGAUGGAAAAGCUGCAAGGCCUUGCUGGCGAGUCUGUGUUUGGCCCUGGUGGUGCUCAACGGACUGAGAACCGUUCAAAGGAACGGUGACUGGAGCAACGAGGAGAACCUGUACAAGUCGGGAAUUAGCGUCAACCCCGCCAAAGCCUGGGGCAAUUUAGGAAACGUUCUGAAGAGCCAAGGCAAGACGGCGGAGGCGGAGAAAGCGUACCGAAACGCUCUGCGCAACAGGGGGAACAUGGCCGACAUGCUGUAUAACCUGGGUUUGCUGCUGCAGGAAAAGGAGAGAUUUUCAGAGGCGCUUCAUUACUACAAACUGGCGAUUGGGAGUCGGCCGACGCUAGCGUCCGCCUACCUGAACACGGGAAUCAUCCUGAUGAACCGGGGAAGCCCGGAAGAGGCCAAGCGCACCUUUGUGACCUGCGCCAACAUUCCCGACGACAAUCUGAAGGACCCCCACACCCACAAGAGCUCAGUCACCAGUUGCCUGUAUAACCUGGGGAAGCUGUUGCACGAGCAGGGCCAGCAGGAGGAGGCCCUCUCCAUUUACAAGCAGGCAGUGCAGCGGAUGCCCAGGCAGUUUGCGCCGCACAGCCUUUUUAACAUGAUGGGAGAGGCCUACAUGAGACUGAACAAGCUGGAGGAGGCAGGUCACUGGUACAAGGAGUCCCUCAGGGUCAAACCGGACCACAUACCGGCCCACCUCACUUAUGGAAAACUGCUGUCUAUCAUAGGACAAAAGACAGAAGCUGAAAAGUACUACCUGAGGGCCAUCGAACUGGACCCCAUGAAAGGAAACUGCUACAUGCACUAUGGCCAGUUCCUGCUGGAGCAGUCGCGACUGGUCGAGGCAGCGGAGAUGGCGGAGAGGGCCGCCGAAUUGGAAGGAACGGAGUUCGACGUGGUUUUCAGCGCGGCCCACAUGCUCAGGCAGGCAAGUCUAAACCAGGCGGCUGAGAAGCAGUACCAACGCGCAGCUGGCCUACGACCAGACUACCCGGCGGCGCUCAUGAACUUGGGCGCGAUCCUCCACCUGAACGGAAAGCUGGCGGAAGCCGAGGCCAACUACCUGCGGGCGCUGCGCCUCAAGCCCGACGACGCCAUCACGCGCUCCAACCUGCGCAAGCUGUGGAACAUCAUGGAGAGGCAGGGGCUGGCCACCAGGACGGACCAACUUUCAAUUUAAACCAGAAGCCACGGUUGCCAAAUUUGUGAGCCGCUGAAAUGAACUGUGAGGUGACUCCAAAAAAAAAAGUGGUGCCAAAGCUCGUACGCCUUUUGUGCCCGCGGAAACCACAGAUAAAUCGUGCCGGUAAAAAACUUCUUUCACAUGUUUGUUUCUCGUGUCAUCAUGUGUUAAUUUAUUAAUACGGUUUUGUUGCUUACUUUGUGUCGCGCUGCUAUGAUGUAACAAGGAAGCGCGAUCGCACACAGGACCUGGUCUAUACUG